AUGCAGGCCUGGCUCUACGACUCUGUCGCGGGCGGCCUGGAAGCCCGCAUGCGCCUUGUCGCCGACGCUCCCCUGCCUCCUGCCCUCGGCCCCGAAGACAUUCUCGUCAAGGUCCACGCCAUGUCGCCCAACCCGGCCGACUACAAGUUCCCCGAGGGGCUCGGCCUGCUCUGGCGGCUGGCCGUCUCGCUGCCCGCCACGCCCGGCACCGACUUUUCUGGCACCAUCACCGGAUUGGGCGACGCCAUCAGGGACGCCGGCGAGUUCACCGUCGGCCAGCCCGUCUACGGCUGGGCGUCACCGGCCAGGCGCCACGGCUCGCUCGGCGAGUACGUCGUGGCCACUCGAGACGGCUGCGCGCCCGUGCCGUCCCCGGCGGGCGCGCUCACGCUCGACAGCGCAGCUUGUCUGGGCGUGGCGGCGCAGACGGCCUACCAAGCCAUCAACCCGCACGUCGCGCCGGGCGACUGGGUCUUCAUCAACGGCGGCAGCGGCGGGGUGGGCACGUUCGCGAUCCAGAUCGCCCGCACGCUGGGGUGUCGCGUGGUGGCCAGCUGCUCGGGGCGCAACGCGGAGCUGUGUCGCUCGUUGGGGGCGGACGAGGUGCUGGACUACACCGAGGUGGACGUCAGCGAGGCGCUCAAGGCCAAGGGCCCCAAGUUCAAGCUCGCCCUGGACAACGUCGGGCGCGAGCCGCCGGACCUGUACAAGGCCGCCGACGAGUACCUUUUGCCGGCGGGCCGCUUCGUGCAGGUGGGCGCGGGGCUGACGCUGCGGGACAUGAUGAGCACGGCAGGGAGGGCUCUGCGGCCGUCCCGGCUGGGGGGCGGUAGCCGAAAGUGGCAGUUCAUGGGGAUGCAGACAAAGCAUGCGGAUCUGGUGACGCUGGGGAGGUGGGCGGCCGACGGGGACAUCAGGGCGGUGGUGUCGGAGACGUACAAGUUUGAAGACGCCCCAAAGGCGUAUGAGAAGUUGAGGACCGGCAGGACGACGGGGUGUCUGGUGGUGAAGGGACCGGAUGCAAAGUAG